AUGGGUAACAUCCACCCUGUGCGCAACUCAUUCCCACAAACGGGUCAGAAAGGCCAAAGAAGCCAAAAAAAGAAGGUCUUGAAAGCUGCCGCCCAGCGGGUGGCCGAGAACGAGAGCUACUUCUCGUUUAUGGCGGCCAUGCACUCGGCCGCCUACUAUGGCCGCAUUGUCCGGGACCGUGCGGGCCUGACAAUACGUGGAGGUUGCGGUGGUGGCCGUGGUAGUGGCCUGGGUGCCGGACGUUUCGAUUCCUGUACCCUGUUAUUGGGGGACCACAGAGCCCUCAACUUUGACGACCCUGCGUAG